GAAGACCUCCUUUCCCAUCGAAGGAGCUGAAACAGACCACGCUAAACACGUACACAAAUUAAAGUUGUAUAUAGACAACUCUUUUCCCUUGGUUGCUGCAUUUUAUUGAAAGGAAUACAAGAAAUUUUUUUGACUCAUAUUACUAAUUUGUUUCUUUCCUUUUUGCAUUUGGUUCAUUUUACUCGAUUGAGAUAUAAUUCGUUUUCGUUUGUUCUAAUUCUCAAUCUGCCAUUGUUUCACCCGACAAGCCCACCCUUUGAGAAACAUUCCAAUUUCAAUUCCGAAUAAAAUUGAAUUUUGUUCAUCCGUUCGUAUCUAACAACAUACACAUUUUUCAUCCGGUUUAUCCUUCACUUUACCAGUUGUUUGUUUGUAUUUUUUUUUAAUUCAUCUUGUUAUAGUUUCAUAACUAGUUACAUCGUCAUAUCCUCAUAGCCGUCCCCAACUACUACCACCACCACCACCCCCACACUGUUUGAUACAUUUUAACGAAACAUAUCCAUACAUGGAAGUAGAACACCCACUUUACGAAGACAACACCAUGACAAACGAAAUACCGGCCACAUCGACAUCAACUACCACGCUCACCAACCAUGCCAAACUCAACAAGACACCUUUGAAGAAGGAGGAGUUGGAGAAGAUCGCUCGCGAGUUGAAGAAGAAGCUCUCCAAAGCCAGUAUAACCGCCAAGCAAUCCCUUUCGCCUACUAAUAUCCGCACCACGCCUCAAUCGAAGUUGAACCGAUCGUCGCCAUUGAAAAAGAUAAUGUCGUCCACCACCAAAGAGAUCUCACCCAUCCGUGAAAAUUUCCCUUCAUCCAGUCCAAUCACUUAUAACUCGUUGAAUAACUCAACUGUAAGCAAUUUGUAUUCGCCUACUGGUAGAAGUCCCACACAUAUUAAGACUCCGGCAGCCAUGUACCUUGCCUCGUCGCCUUUGAAACAUACAAAUGGUGACGCAAUAGGUUUGGAUGAUUCACCACUUAAAAGACGCAAAAAGUCAAGCCCUAGUGUUAAGAUGGUGUUGCAGGAAAUUAGUCCUAAAGAAGCAUCUAUUCAACAUGCAUUAAAGCCUUCUCUUGAUAUGACUAAUAACAAGGAAGACGCCGAACAAACGGGAAACCCCGGUACUACCACUCCUACUUUGUCAAAGCAAGAACUUUAUAAUGGAUUGAAAACACCUACUCAACGACAUCAAAUGUUGUCUCGUAAUGGCACUGAUGCUGUUUCUCAUCAACAACAACAGCAGCAGCAUCAACAACAACAGCAAGGACAGCAGGGACAACAUCCACAACAACCAGGAGCAUACAAUGACGCUGAAGGUGCUGACUUAUUAAUGUAUUUGGCAACAUCGCCCUCUCCUGCAAAGCCUUACUUUCAAUCUAAUGCCUUGUCUACUCCUAGAACAUCCAUGCAGAGACAAGUUCAACCUACUCAACCACCACAAUUCCUUGCCCCAUUGCCACCAGCAUCUGCUGCGUCCACCAUUUCCAAUCUGAGUACAGCUCCACCUCCACCAGUGACUCCUAAACGCACAGCCAAUAUUAAUAGAGACACCCCAUCGCUGAGACUAACACCUGGUGGAUUCUUGAGUGCCAUGAGUGGAGGACAAGGGUUAGGAUUACCAUCACAAGGAUUGACAUUGACCCCUACAGGGUUCAACAUGAAUGAUUAUGUCAAUUUCUUUACUCCUUCGCCUGGUUCUGCUGCAGCCAGGAAUUUGUUGAGAACUCCCGAUUUUAAUAAUUUGAUUAAUGGAGGCAAUGGGACUCCUGGUAUGAGGGGCAAGAUUGAAGGUAAGAUGUUGAAUUUUAACAAGGUAUUAUUCCGCGACAAGGAAUAGUCCUUAGACAACCGUGAUUUAGACAACCAAGUUUGUGUAUUUUUACUCUUGUAUAAUUAUUCUUAAUUUCAUGAUUUGAUUUCGAAUGUACAAUAAUAAAUUUCAGAGUUUG